AACCCUCAGGCUUCACAGAUGAACAUGUACCCGAUGGGCGCCGUGCCUCCACACCCGAUGCGCUCGCAGACCAUGCCCGACUAUCAAUUCAAUUAUCAAGUCACGGAUACCAGCCAACUCGGAUUCGAUAACAUGUCAAUGGAUACCAGCAACCAAUUCAUUUACUCUAAUCCACCAACGAUGCCGAUGUUAUUGGGGAACAAUGGACGUGCCCAUUCGGACCCUUCUAUGCCUCCGAGUGGCUUGAGCGCAGAGGACGACUUCUUCUUCCAACUCAGCGACAAUCCCGAUUUCCAAUUAAUCGCUCAAACAUAGAACAAUCAUAAGGUAGUGUUUUGUCAUCAAUGUGUGUACACAUAAAAACAUUUCCGUCAGUCCUCACUUCUCACCUCAAGUCAUAAUGGGGAACAUGUUAUGACCAAAAUGCAACCAACCACUACGGCUUUUAUCCCUUCAGAACUCGACAAUCUCCUAUCCGGUACUAAUCUCUUCACCUGUUUCAUGUGACAUACGAAUACAAGAAUCACCAAAGCUCAAUGGACCUUUGACAACCUCAUCCACCCGUCAUUGACCUUCCUAUUCUACGACUCGGCCUACUUCUUCCUCUCUGCGUGCUUGUAUAUCAACUUUCCGACUGCGUCUGCUUCCUCCUAGCAACUUUCAUUUCUUCUUCGCCUCAUCAUAUCCGGGCUUCCUGUGUUGAAUAGAUCCCUCGUUCGUGUAGAUGACUGAGAGUUGUUGUCAUGCAUAUCCUUUCCCGUUUUG